GUCAAUCAUGCCCCGCCCUGUACCACGCUAACAAUCAGGACUGGAUUGUACGGUUAGUGUUAGUCAGGACAGUUUUCGCUUACCACCGCCAAGACCAACCCUGUGAGCGCACCCUCUUCGACUUCGAAGUUACUGCAGGCUCGGCGAAUGUGGAGCAGGGUGGACAAUCGGGGGACUAUGGAGGUUUCCGAUUGACACCGCUACGGUCAUGCGGACCCGGCCUGAAAGGCUUAAGGCGUCUGUUUGCCGGGCUAUAUGCGCAAGGCUCCUUGCCUUCCCCUCGCCCCUUUUUUGCCACGAAACCACACCCAGUCUUUCGGGUUGGGGACGUCAGUACCGUGCAGAGUCAGGAACUGUUGCGUGUCAGCCGGCUAAGUGGUUAUAUUUCUUCUUCGAUAUCACAGGCCCUUCCGAGUCGGUUCGUGGGAAGGAACUGUAUUCGAAUUGCUACUCUAACGACCCAGCCGCUGAUACGCCGGCCACACAAGUCGACUACGGCGGUCUUACGCAGCACUCUCUGCUCCUAGCCGCAGCGAGGCGAUGUGCCGUACUAUGCUGCGGAUAUCUGCUUUGAUCGGUUACUUUCUCUUGCGGCAAGGAGCAAAGGGAGCAUUCACCGUCGUGCGAAAAGACAGCAUACAACAGCGAUUAAAGCCUUGUAUCUUCCGUUCGGUCCCAUCGCACCUCGAAUUCCUCCUUCGGAUCGGCCAUGAGCAUGAAAUUCCCCCAUGGUCUUGUUGCACA